CUCGGAUGACGAAUUGGUGAUCCAAGCAUUCCCAGUUCGCAAGCGAGGUGGUCCGAAUGGCACAUCCAGUCGACCAGCUGCUCGGAGUAGAUCAGUAGCUUCUAAAACCACACAGGACCAAGUUUCUGCCGAGUCUUCUAUUGCCACAGAUUCUACAGCCAGAUCAGCUCGCCGCAAAAGAGCUUCUGUUCAGCCCGAACCCAUUUCUCCGACCGACGAGCAGGAUAAUGGCGGUACAGAUAUGUCUGAAUCGUUUGCAGAGUCUGAUACUCAAAACGAUGACAGCAGCGACAAAGACUCGGUUUAUGGCAGUGAUGCUCAUGUUAGCAAUGAAGAGGUGGAGUCUGAUCACACUCUGACUGUCACUGCUCCUCCCGUGCCUACACCAAGACGGAGACGAUCUGCUACUCCAAAGAAAAAGAAGGAGAAGGUGGAUUAUCAUCCGGAGCUUGCAAACGUUUGGGACAAACUCGAGGGUGAAAUUACUAUUGUAGAAACCACACAAGCCCCACAACCAAAAGAGAUUAAUAUUAAGCUACUUCCCUUCCAGCUUGAGGGCUUGCAUUGGCUUCAAGUUCAAGAACAAGGCAAGUUUGCUGGCGGCAUUCUUGCCGACGAGAUGGGAAUGGGAAAGACUAUCCAGAUGAUCUCUCUAAUGGUGACUCGCCGUCUUGACAAGCCCAACCUUAUUGUCUGUCCAACAGUCGCAAUCAUACAAUGGUAUAAUGAAAUUAAGAAUCGGGUUGCUCCAGAUUUCUUCAAAGUUUUGCUGCACCAUGCGAAACGUUUGGUUAAAGCCGAGGAUAUAUGUAAAUACGAUAUUGUCAUUACAACAUACUCGAUUAUUGAACAAGGUUACCGUAAAGAAAGGUAUGGUGUUCCGAAAAACGGUAAAAAGGUGACUGGAAUAAGUGUUAUUCAUGCCAUCGAGUGGGGUCGAGUGAUUCUCGAUGAAGCACACUAUAUCAAAGACAGAAGUUGUAACACCGCUCGCUCAGCUUUUGCUCUCAAGCGAGAUUACAAAUGGUCACUAAGUGGAACGCCUUUGCAAAAUCGUGUCGGAGAGCUGUAUUCGCUUAUUCGAUUUAUGGAUGUUCAUCCAUAUUCAUACUAUUUUUGCCGAUCAUGUGAUUGCAGUCAAACAUCAUGGCGAUUUACCAAUCGCAGAACCUGCGAUCAUUGUGGACAUACUGGACAUAGACACUACUGCUGGUGGAAUGCCGAAAUUCUCAAGCCGAUUCAAAGGUUCGGCGCCAAAGGGGAAGGUUUGGAAGGUUUUCGCAAGCUACGUGUUCUUCUUGAUCGCAUCAUGCUUCGACGCACCAAAUUGGAGCGAUCUGAAGAGCUUGGAUUACCUCCGCGUGUUGUACAGGUGCGGCGAGACGUGUUUAACCUUGCUGAAGAGGAAUUAUAUAGCAGUUUAUACACUGAUUCUGCGCGAACAUUCAAUACAUAUGCUGCAGCAGGUACGGUUCUCAACAACUACGCUUCGAUUUUCUCAUUGCUCAGUCGCAUGCGGCUUGCUGCCAACCAUCCUGAUCUUGUCACUACCAAGUUGGCAAUUGAUGAUAAAACUGCCAAGGAGAGACUAGUGUGUACAAUCUGCCAAGAAGAGGCAGAGGAUGCAAUCAUGAGCAAAUGCAAGCAUGUAUUUUGCCGUGAGGAUGCUCGUCAAUUUAUUCAAUCUGCUCCCUCAUUAGCUCCACCCAAAUGCCCAAGCUGUUUCCGCCCUCUCUCCAUUGAUCUGACUCAAAAUCCUAUCGAGUCCAUUAGUUCUACCACAGGUGCUCGUAACAGUAUUGUAAACUACAUUGAUCUUGCCAACUGGCGCAGUAGUACCAAGAUUGAGGCAUUGGUAGAAGAGCUUACUUUGCUUCAACGUGACGACGCAACCUCUAAAUCCAUCGUAUUCUCUCAAUUUGUAUCAUUUCUUGAUUUGGUUCAGUGGCGGCUUAUCCGUGCUGGAUUUAAUGUUGUUAAACUUGAUGGUCGUAUGGCCCCCUUUCAACGUGAUGAUGUCAUCAACUCCUUUAUGACAGAUCCGAGCAUCACAGUAUUUUUGGUUUCAUUGAAGGCUGGAGGUGUUGCGUUGAAUUUGACAGAAGCUUCCAGAGUGUUUGUCCUUGAUCCAUGGUGGAAUCCAGCAGCCGAAGAUCAAGCUUUUGAUCGGAUCCAUAGGUUAGGACAGUACAGGCCAAUAAAAAUCACUCGAAUUAUUGUCGAGAAUUCAAUCGAGUCGAGGAUUUUGAUGCUGCAAGAAAAGAAAAAAGCCUUGUUUGAUUCUACAGUCGGAGGCAAUUUGGACGCCUUGGCCAAGCUUUCUGAAGAGGAUUUGCAGUUUUUAUUUGUUCUUUGAAUUUUGAAGGGUUUGCCAUUCCACCAAGUUAUUCAUUUGUUAAUGAACAAAGGCCACUAACUCGAUCUAGUGAACAACUUUUCAAAACAUC